GUGGGGUUUGGUGGUGGGGAGCCCAGCGAUCCAGUAGGGCGUUUGUAUUAUUGGACUUUUCGCAAGGAAUCCCCUGAGAACAAUGGUGAACAUCCCCAAGGAACGCCGUACCUUUUGCAAGAGCAAGAAGUGCCGCAAGCAUACCGUGCACAAGGUGACCCAGUACAAGGCUGGCAAGGCCUCCAAGUUCGCCCAAGGUGCUCGUCGUUAUAACGAGAAGCAACAAGGUUUCGGUGGUCAAACCAAGCCCGUCUUCCACAAGAAGGCCAAGACCACCAAGAAGAUCACGUUGCGCAUGGAAUGCAAGGAUUGCAAGGCCAAGAAGCAACUGCCCAUCAAGCGCACCAAGCACUUCGAAUUGGGUGAAAAGAAGAAGUCGUCCGGCCACGUCUACUAAGCGCCGUGCUGGUACUGGUGGUGGUGUUGUUCCUACCUCGACCUGUCGCCUCUUCUCUUCCGUCGUCUCCCUUGUGCUGCUGCUCAAAUGCUUUGUCCUUUGAUCAUUAACACGGGUGUUGAACAUGCGAGUCCAAUAAAACUUAAUCUUUCUCGA